UCCAAUGCCAUCGAGAUGUGAGCAGAGUGCGGCGGGACUUCGCUGCGACCCAACGCGUCUCUCCGUCUCCCAGGCGCAGUUUGUAAGGGUCAAAAUGUCCAACUCUAAGGAAGGGAACUCCUGUCCCGACGGCUAUCGGGCUUUAAGCUCUACUGAACUCAGGGAGCUUUUACACAGCGACGACAAAAUGGACCAAAUUAUUCGACUCAAUGAGAAGUUCCAGGAGCUCCAAGUUGACCGGGAGAUGCAGCUGACCUCCAACCGCAGCCUGGCCGAGGAGAGCCUGGCUCGGCGACCCCGCCUCAACAACGGCAAACUCCAACUGGCAGAGAAGUACAAGGAGCUGUCCAACCUCGUAACCACAUGCUGGGAAAAACAGAGUCAGCUGGAGGCUCGCGGGCCGAGGCGCAGCCUGCAGACGGCGAAGAACCUCCUGCAGGAGGAGGUGGCACGUGCUGAAGAACACUCCGAGGAGCUGCUGGAGAAGUUCAUGGAGGGCAACGUGAGUCUGGAUGAGUUCCUGGAUUCAUUCCAGAGCUCCAGGAAGAUCUACCACAUCCGCCGGGCUCAAACAGAGAAGAUCCAGGAGGCCGUUCAAGCCAGGAAGCAGCCCAAUAAAAGCAAGAGACCCGAGGAGAGUCGGGUCCCAGAGGCAAAGAAAGACUCCGAGCCGCAGCAGGAGCCUCAGCGACCCAACGGCUUUGUGGCACAGGGGCCACUCCGAGUGUUCCAGGUCCGAUACGGCUUGACACCGGCCAUCCUUGUCCCCCAUUACCCUGUUUCCCCCCCAGCCUCGGCACCGAGCCAUCCAAACCCUGCCUCUGAACCCCCAGUGGGCCAGACCCACAUCUUGAGCCCCAGCAGCCCGAUCCCAGGACACGGCCAGCCGGUCGGCCUCCGAGUCAUAGGCCAGCUGCCGGGCGGCUGGCCCGCUAAUGGGCGGCCGGUCCGGGUGCAGCAGCUCUACAGACCCAAUCCACAGCAGCCCGAGCCGCCGUACCGAUAAGCUCCAGCAAGGGGCAGUAUAGAGACAGUUAGAGAGGUCUUCCAACCCGUGGAGCCAAGCGGCGGCUGUCAUAGGCACCCAGGCAGGCAGGCAGGACCGAGGUCCGACGUUUCUGUUGUCCUCCAUGGCAGCAAAGCAUGAGCAGAAAGGUAGAGAGGCGGCAGACAGGAGAGCCGGGGAUGGGCUGAGAAAAUGGCUCAGGUUCAACUCUGGUGAGCUAAUCUUCUCCAAAACAUCCACUAAGCUGCUUUUAUUACUUCAUAAAACCAAAACAGGAACAGCUGCUGUGUGCUGGUUUGAACCUUCUCGGGUCUCUCAACAUUUUCUGCAUUGACACAAAAAAAUUUAUUUUUUCUUAGGGAAUUUGUAUUCUCUUUCAUGUAGUUUUAAAAUAAACAGAGCAAUCUGGAGCCCUUACCCAUUUCUGUGCCAUUCUGAAUGUGUUCUUUGGUUAUACCAGCUCCUGGGCCAGACUUUAAAAAAUCCAGCCUUCUGCACAAACGUAGCAUAGUUGAUUGACACCAUAUUUCAAAUGAUUUUGUAAAUGUGGACCCAUGAGUUGACCUUUGAACUACAAAGAUAUUUAUGUCUUUAAAAUGAUAGCGGCACAAAUGUAAAUUUGACACCAUUUUUGUUUAAUUUUUUUUUUGCUCUUUGCCAUUUUGUUUAAAAAAAAAGCAAUGUAGCAAUGUGGUUUCAGAAAAGUUUUCAUCCAGAUGAAUCUACACAAUCUUGUUUUAAACAUGCCAAACCCAUAGGGGGCAGUGUAACGCACAGCUAAUGCCCAGUUCACACUACACGAUUUUUUGCCCCGAUUUUGCCCUUACGGCAAUCUGACAACGUUCUGAGUUCUAAGAAUGUCGCUUCCGACAAUCGUAACCGAUCAUUCUGUAGUGUGUGGUGUGUUACGACUGAUCAGGUCCAGUCGGUGGAAUGUCGGGACCGCUUGAACACGUUCAAUCGGGGAUACUGAACGUGUUUAAUCAUCUUGGCUCAUUCAUCGCAAUGUCUGUGGUGUUCCCCCGACUGGGAACCAGAAGGAAGUCUGUUGAAUGUGACAAGUAGUACAUCUGGUUGAGAAGCUCAUUCCAAUCUUUGGUUGAAAUGGCGCAUUUGAUUUUAUUCUGAAGUCAUAAUACAAUUUUAAACAAUCCAAUAAGUUUCAAUUAAAGGGGCUGGAACACGUUAAGCUUUCGCGGUCAGUUGUGGGG